AUGCUGUUCACCGCCCUCCUCGCCGUCAGCGCGCUGGCCUUUGCCGCCCUCCGCUACGCCCUUCGCCAUGGCUUUUGGUUGCCCAUGGGCCGCGGCAUGUUUGUGCAACGGUUCUACGCCCCUGUCAACCACAGCGAUGAACAACUGCUGGCCCUCCAAGAAGCCAUGCGCCAAGUCUGCCUGGCCUCCAUUGGCUCUGUCCUCGAUUAUCCCGUUCUCCAAGCCAAAACCGCGAGCGAUCUCCGCGCUGAACUUCACAACAAAGUCAUCAUGACCGUCUACAGUGCCAAACUCAAGCGCGUCGUGGCUUUUCACAUGGCGUUCUGGACCAAACACAACGUUCAUAUUGGCCUCGUCAUGGUGGACAAGGACGCCCAGGGCAAGGGUCUGCAGCAAGUCAGCCUUCUCAACACCAUCAUGCUCACCUUUGACUGGUUCUGCAUCCGAUUUCGCAUGAGUGAUCUCGGCUACUCUUCCUCCGCCUUCCGGUCCGUCCAUGCCACCACCCUGUCGCCGCCUCUUCUCCUGCUCUCGUUCCCGCUCGAAAGCCGCGUCCACGCGCGUGCGCUCUCGCAGCAGGCACAGUACUCACCAGUUUCCUCGUAUCGCAUCCUCAGUAUCAUGUCUGAAACCGUGUACAAGGCUUACCCGAACCUCUAUUACAAGGUCAAGCCCGAGCGCUGGCACUUUGAAAUUGCCGCCGAGCUGCUUCACUACUAUCGCCAAGACAUGGGCAUUUCGGCCACGGCCGAGUUUGACCCCUCCACCUUUGUGGUUCGCGGUAGCAACGCUCAGACCGGUGGUGGGGCACACGAGCUCGUGGCACAUACCAAGACUCGCACCUCGCGCAUGGGUAUUGCCGCCCAGUAUCUGGAUGACCUCAUGCAGCCCGAGGACGAACAGCUUUACGUCGGCGAAGGCAGCAUCUUUGUGUUUCUCUGGCGACAGCUCCCCGUCCUGCCCAAACUCCCAACCAUUUUCUCUUGGACCGCCAUCAUGGGCAUUUUCUUUGUCCACAACUACAUUGUGCCCAACGUCAGCUGGUUCACCCCCACCAUUCUUCGUCUCAUGGGCAUGAACUACAUUCGCCAAGGCCAGCGUCCGGCCGACCCGACCUUGUGGGUCGCCAACCACUACACGUACCUCGAUGCCGUCUUGCUUCACGGCACCAAUCCCAACCUCCAAAUCGUAGCCAAGGCGGAUCUGAAGGACGAAGUGCCUGACAAUAUGUUCACCCGUUUCAUGUUCCGCGUCUUCAAUCGCGGCGGCUUCAUGUGGUACAACCGCAACGGGGAUGACACCAUCAACGAUCGCAUCACAGCCAAGCUUCAGGAAGGCAAAUCCGUCAUCAUUUUUGCUGAGGGGACCUCCCAACGCUCUGGCCCACCGUGUGAAAUGAAGCGGGGCGUUCUCCGCCUCGCCGAGCAGAACAACGUUCCCAUUGUUCCGGUGGGCCUUCGCUACUCCAUGCCGAUUGGUCUUUCCAAGGGCGACAAGACCAUGCGCAACUUUGCCAGCAUUGUGCGCAUGCGCAAUUUGCAAGCGGGCGUCAAGUUUGGAGAGCCCAUGACCAACGUCGACGACAUGGAGCUCAUCCGGUAUGUCAUGACGAUCAGAUUCCACCACGGGUAG